UGUGCUCAGGCCGGGGGUGAAUGAGAUUGAAGAAGAGUUCUUGUUUUGUAUCUCAGUUUCUCUCUUUUUAGACAAAUUAAAUAAAAAAAAAUAAAUUGAAACGAAAACUCUGAUCAUAUUCAUUGGGGGGUUAUUUAGACGUCGGCGUAAUAAUUUUAUAUUUGGGAAAGGAUUAGGUACAGAGAUACGGGGGUGUUUGUAAAUAAUUAUUUAAAUAAUUUGUGAGGAGAGGAGGGUUGACUGCUGCUCAAGUGAGUAAAAGAGAGGAGGGAGUUGGAGAGCAGAGGACCAUUUCCCCGCCAGGUGCUGUAUCCCUGAGGCAACUUGGAUGGUGUUCAAAACUGGAGAGGGUGUGAAGGCUGAAAGCUCACCCGGACUGACGUGCAGACAGAAGGGACUGAUGAUGGAAUUACAAACGCUACAGGACGCCCUGAAAGUGGAGAUACAGAUCCAUCAGAAACUAGUUGCCCAGAUGAAGCAGGAUCCACAGAACGCCGAUUUGAAGAAGCAGCUUCAUGAACUUCAAGCUAAGAUCACAGCGCUGAGCGAAAAGCAGAAAAAGGUGGUGGAGCAGCUGAGGAAAGACCUGCUGAAGCAGGAGCAGCCGGCGGCGGUGGGCACCAAGCACGUGCUGCAGCUGGAUGGCAAGGCGGCAGCGCUGCCAGUCAGCCAGGUCCCGCUCUCCCUACCGGCACCCAACCUCAGUGCUCAGCAGAAAACUUUGACGGUUACCCCUGUCAUUGCCACGAAGACGCUACCUCUGGUGCUGAAAGCUGCUGCCCCAGCAAGCCCUGCUUCCAUUGUGACACAACGGCCCACAGUUGCCAUGGUCUCUGCCAUCAGCAGCAUCCCAAGUGCAGUGAAUUCCGAGGCACAGAAUGCGCCCGUCAACCUUCAGGCACCCAACAAGCUGACCAAUCAGAGUGCAGAGGGUGUGCGACCAUUUUCGAAGAAUGCUGUUGUAGUACAGCCCACCUCCACCGCCCAGCCUAUCAAAGUUCCUCAGUUUAUCCCUCCUCCCCGACUGACGCCUCGACCCAACUGUCAGCCGCAGGUCCGGCCUAAGCCCGUUGCCCCGAACAAUGUGCCCAUCGCCCCGGCUCCCCCCCCCAUGGUGUCAGCGCCCCCUCUGCUGCAGCGGCCGGUCAUGCUGACCACCAAGGUGACCCCCACGGGUCCCAUCCACCAGGUGCGCAUCGUCAACGGGCAGCCGUGCGGCGCCAUCGCCAAGACGCUGCCCGCCGGCCAGCUGACCAGCAUCGUGCUCACCACUCCGACCACCGCCCACCCGCCAGCUCCCCAGGCCGCGCAGCCGAGUGGCCCCUGCGGCGAUGCCAAGACUGUUAAUUCUCAGGGUGGGACAGAGCAGAAAGCAUCGACGACGGCUUCUUCGUCUCCCGCUCCCACCCCACCACCCACAGUCAAACCCAAACGUGAGGAGAACCCUGAGAAAUUGGCCUUCAUGGAUGCUCUUGGCCUUGUGACACACGAUCAUCUAGAAGAGAUUCAAAGCCGAAGACAGGAGCGCAAACGGAGAACGACAGCGAAUCCUGUGUACAGCGGAGCCGUGUUUGAGCCAGAGCGCAAGAAAAGUGCAGUAACGUAUCUGAAUACACCCCUACACCAAGGCCCCAGGAAGAGAGGUCGUCCUCCCAAAUACAGCAGUGUCGCAGAGCUGGGCUGCCCCACCCCGAGCUCCCCCUCCAGCUGCCAGGGUGCCUCCCCGGCCUCCGACAAGGCCAAGAUGGGGGGCUCUCACUUCCCCAUCAACCCCCAAACUCUCCCCUUGCUAAGCCCCAGCCCCAGCCCCAGCCCCGGGGAUGGAGACAUCCAUGAGGAUUUCUGCACUGUGUGCAGGCGCAGUGGCCAGUUGCUCAUGUGUGACACGUGCUCUCGUGUUUACCACCUGGACUGCCUGGAGCCGCCCUUGAAAACCAUUCCCAGAGGCAUGUGGAUCUGUCCUAAAUGCCAAGACCAGAUAUUAAAGAAAGAAGAAGCAAUUCCCUGGCCAGGAACCUUGGCUAUUGUUCAUUCCUACAUUGCAUAUAAGGAAGCAAAGGAGGAAGAGAAGCAGAAGCUGUUGAAGUGGAGUUCAGAGGUGAAGGAGGAGCGGGAGCAGCUGGAGCAGCGGGUCAAACAGCUGAGCAGCUCGAUCACGAAGUGCAUGGAGACAAAGAACACCAUCCUGUCCCAGCAGAAGGAGAUGCAAGCAUCGCUGGAGAAGGUGAAGGCCCUGGUGCGCCUCAUCCAGGGCACCAGUCUGAGCCCAGGCCCUGAGAGCGCAGAGCCAUCGGGGAUGGUAAACGGCAAGGCAGGACGCGUCAGCGAUGCGGCGGACAAGUGUGGCGGCGCCCUGGACGGCGCACAGCGGGCAGACAAUGAGGAGGAGGAGGAGGAGGAGAAGGAGAAGGAGAAGGAAGGAGAUCAUGGAAAGAACGUCCGGAACGAGAACAACAACGACAAAACCUCAGAUUCUAGUCAGUCUCCCGUGCCACGCCCCAACAGCCAUUCAGACGAUGCAAAAUAGCGCAUGUCUCGUGGGACCAAAGAAAGGAAAAGCCCUGAAGAAAGAGAGCUCCCACUAGCCCAGAAGGUGCCGCCAGUUGCCAAUCAAGAUAUAUAUAUAUAUAUAUAUAUAUAUAUAUAUAUAUAUAUAUAUAUAUAUAUAUAUAUAUAGAUAUUAUAUAUAUAUAAUACAAUAUAUAUUUAGUCGUUGUUGUUGUGUAUUAUUUGAGUGUGUCGACAGCAGAUCAGCAUCCAGAGUGCCAGCCUCGGGAACUGGAGGAAACCGAAAUAGAUAGUACCAGCAUCAUGCCAAUCAAUUGUAGAGAAGUCACAAUAACAUAUUAAAUUAAUAAUAAUAAUAAUAAUAAAUAAUAAUAAUGAAUAAUAAUAAUAAUAAUAAUAAUAAUAAUAAUGAAUAAUAAUGUAAAACAUCUCGCCAGUGUGUGCCUGCAACAGUUGCCCCUAAGCCUCGUGAGGGGAUUGUUUCUUAGGUUGUGUUGUCUCAGUCUCGAACCCAGGGCAGUGGGGUCAGCAGAUGUCCAAAGACUGUGUGCUUGCCGUGAGACCCUGCUCGUAUGUCUCCAGCAUGGAUGGAAAUGAACCUUAAACCCAAAGGACAGCAGCACAGGAAACCAGGAACAGGCUUACUGGGAGUAUGGGGAAAUUGCAGUAUUCGUCCACAAGUCCAAGUCAUCAGUGGUGUGUGUCGUCUUUUUUUUUUUUUAUUAUUAUUAUUUUUUUUUAUAACUUUCUUUUUUUGUGUGUGUCUCUCGUCCGUCCAUCUGUGUGAGACUGAGUGUCACUGCAUUCGGAAUUUGACUUUGGUUGAAAACACAGCCAAAUGCCCCCAAAAUCAUCUCACCUCCUCUCUCUCUACUGGACUGAGCCCUCCUGAAAAUGAGCGGUGCUGUGGGUGGCCUGAGGAAGAGGGCAGUGGGGGGGGGGCAGGGGUGAUGCCUCAGGCACGAGCACUGGCAUCGCCCACCACAGCUACCACCUGCUGUAGACAGGCGCCCAGGCCCAGCGGGACUGAAACUGGAUGUGGGAUCUCGCCUCGGAAAGCCGUCCGAAAACAGCCGCACUGGUCCAUCCGGAAGUGUUCAAGUCCGAGUGUCAGCCUCUUGGUGAACCUGCAAAAAUGCAAUCUCAAAACACAACUUAUUUCUGGGAAGUAUUCUUUUUAUAUAUAUAUAUAUAUUAAAAAAAGAUUCAGGUCUUCCUCAUGUUCAGAAAAAAAAAUCUUUAAAGUGCUUUUCUGUUUCAUAAAACAAUCAUUUCUAAUAAAAGGUGUAAUAGUUGGAAUAGUUUCUUUAAAUUUUCUUUUUUUGAGGUUAUAUUUAGGGUUACAUGGCUGUGUUGAAUUCUGAACUGCCAAAAUGCUAUCAUAUCAAAAUUAAGCAGGGAGGUCUCUCUGUUCAUCAGUAGAUGGCAAAAAAAAAGUCGGUUUAAACAGGCUCGAGUUUCGCACCUUGUUUAUCCAUUAAAUGUGUGUACAAAGGUACGAGGUAAAAGAAAAAAAUAAACAAUUAUUUGUUGUAAAUCCCAGGAUAAGUGAAGACGGAACCCAGAACUGAAAGCACAAAUUUGUUGAACAAUGAAUCCGAUUCUAAGCAUUACAAACAAAUGCAGUUUAAAGGUCUAUACAGAAAAAUUCUUUAUUUGAUAUGUGCAUAGUCCUUUUUAUAUAAAGUGUUAUUGUGUAUUGCUCAUUGUAAAAUUGCUGUAAAAAGGCCAGAACCUUUUUGCAAGGUUUGUCCAGAACAUGUCCCUAAAAUUACUGACCCCGUUGUUAUUGACAGUGGUUAAUGUUGAAGGGGGUGAAAGGAGUAUCCAUAACCAUAUUCAAACAUGACCAUAAGUCAGAAUGGAGGAUCGUCACGCUAAGAACAAAUCAGGUGUUGUUUUCAGAUGAAAUGCUACUCAUUCUUCAUCCCCAUUGUCCAUAAUCUGUAGCAUGCAGAUACAAAGAAGAGGUGCUGUCUGUAAAGUUAAUGAAUGUUGCAUCUUCUCUGAAUCACUGUAACCACAAGUGACUGAGCAUUGAGUUCGGUGGGAGAGGAGCUGCUGAAAUCUGCUCCAGUGCUCUCUAGCGAGAGACGUGUAACAAACACUAAGCUAGGAGCUUGGAGAGUAGCGGCAUGGUCUGGCCCUUCGUGGAGACUGCGUGACAGUCUGCUGAAGAUGCAGUUUCUGCACCGUAUACGAUAAUUGAUAUUUGCAAUUUCUCAGUUCCCCCGUGUGGAAAUGUCAUCAGUCAGAUGCAGAGGCCUGGCUUCUGACAGGACAUAUUUAAAAGUAGGAAGAUGCAUUAACAGAAAGUAGCUUCUUCUAAAAGUCACUUGAGAUCAGUUGACUUUGCACAUAGAUCCUUCAACACAAAUAAUUUUUUUAUUUUUCCCCCCCCCCCAAGAUUCUGAAAACACCGAAGCACAUUCCUGCUAUCUUAUUACAGGGAAAAUGAUUAUUAUCCAUUUGUAUUAACUGUCCAUCAAAAGACAAAAUUCAUCCAGAUAAAAUCCAAUCUAUGAUGAAACAGAAUGACAUUGUUUUGUAUGGCCUGUGCCCCAUAUCAAAGAUUCAGGCAUAAACUCAGGUCUAGGUGUAAAUAUGGAAUCGUUUUUAAGCCGCUCCCCAUCUGUGGUUCCAUGUCAUUUGAAGCUCCUUUCCUCUCUGCGUCUGGCGCUGACCAUAGUACUGCUUCCGCAGAAGUGCUAACCGACCCUCAUUCAUGUACAGAUAACCUCUGUAAGUACCUGUACCCAUUUCUACAUAACUGGAGAGUGCUGUUCUCCACAUAAUAUUACGGUAUGCUUUAUUUUACACAGUGCUGCUGUUUCUGAGCCUGUUUUCGUAUGUAUAUGAUCACGUGUUAAAACACCGUCCCAUCCUGUCUCUGCACUGUGGCCCUAGUUUAGCUUUGUACAUAAUGUCCAUAUCUCUUCAACAAAAAAAAAAAAGGGGGAAAAAAGUUUUUCUGUCAUUCGUUUUGUGUCCACCAUUUCACCCCUGCCCCGGUUAAGCAGAUUGUUCAUUCUUUCAUUAAGAAAAGAUUGGAUACAAAGCACAAGCACAGAUUCUCCGACACAAGCUGGUCUUUAAAAAAAAGAUAUAAAAAAAAAAAUAAUAGGUUAGGAAUCGUGACAAGGAUGCUCCCAGCUGAACCCAAUGGUGUGAAUCUGUUAGUCAUGUCUGGUAUAUGUGGCUUUGUUUAUGUGGUCUGGGGGGUGGACAUCUGAAAACAAACUGUAUAGCAUUCGCCUUAAGAGCUUAAUUCUCGUCUUUAACAAUUGUAGUGUGUUCAAGUAUUGUGGGUCAUAUUCUGUUGUCUGUGUCGGGAGUGAUGUGUUGAUUUGGUUCAUUCUUGAAAUAUAUCUACCAAUAAUGGACUUUUUGCACAAAGUUUUAAGUAAUUCAAAUGUGUAAAUGGGGAACAUGUCAACAAUCAAAGGGGGAAGUUUUUACGGGGUUUAUGUGUUUGUAAUCUGGGCUGUUAAGUGGUAAAUAUUUGAGUGUAGUGUCACUGGAAUAUUUGACGAAAUGAUUCUUACCUCUAACUGGGGUAUUAAAAACCAGCAUCUGGUAGUACAGCCUGGGGAAAGUGGUUUCUACUUGGCUAGACACAGUACUUUAAAAUGCUAGUUAAAAGGAUGCAAUUGCACCAAACACAAGAGGUUUCAUUAACAUGUCUUAGUUCAAAGAGUUUUGUUUUAUUCCUUUUUAUGUCCAAACGCAAAACAAAAUGCCUAAAAUGCAGGAAUUACACAGGCUCCUAGCUGGAAACUUUCUUGCUGCUUGUACAUCUUUGCAGUUUAUUUGUUCCAGCAAAAUAUAAUCUUACUUAUAGUUAAUAUAGCUUUUCAAGUACACUUGUGUUAAUAUACAUGUUAAGUAAAACCACGCUGACUACGAAGUUUAAGGUUGGCAAUUGGACUAGCAGUCUUUUGCCAGAAUUUUGUAACUUUAUGAAUAUGAUUUUAUUAUAGAGACCGGCACUUCAAGGAAAGGUAAAUAUGUUUUGCAUUAAACAAUGUAUAUAAAACAUUUGCAGGCCAUGAUCAGUGUAGAAUUUAAACUUCAAAUAAGAGUAACAGCAAGUGGAGCUCAAAUCUAAAGCAGGAUGAACUAAUCUCAGAUUUACUCUUACCUUUAGGUGUGAGAUGCUGGAUGCUUUUCAACUUGCAUUUUGAAGUGUGGUGGAGGAGGAAAGCCACUGGCUUUGAGGCACAUGUAGAACACAUUUUAUAUUUGCAUUGUGGGAAGAGAGAAACAACCUGACCAUACAAGCCACGCAUUGAACAAGUAUUCAUUUAUCUAAAAUGGAUAUAUCCAAAGAUAUCUUGAUGUGCAUUCUGCUGUUUAGAAUCCUUUUAUAUGCAUUUUAAUACAUGCCAAUUCAAUUUUAUUUUAUUUUAUUUACACUAAAUUUCUACUUCAGCUUCAAGUCAGAGUAGGAAAUCCAGGAUUUUAAGGAAACGGGACCUUUUGCUUUGUAUACCCUUCUCAUGUUGGCUACAAUAUACCUCGCCUCACUAACCACAAAUCACAAUAGUUUUGGCAGCUCGUGCCCAUUGGCCAAAUGCCGAGGUAGCAGGCCAGAGCAGGAUGGCACAGCGUUUUAGGACCAUCUGGAUUUUGAGGGAAUCUGUUGCAUAUCCGCGGAAAGGUUUCCAUAUGGAGCAGCUUGUGAACACCAUCACCCAGCAUCUCGAUAUACUCCUUUUGCAGCCCCCCCCCUCCCCCCUCCCCAAAAAGAUACAUCACUUCAUGACUGUGGCCUUCUGGUGUUGGUGUAUCACCAUCAUAUUGUGACUUCUUCUCCAUUGUUCGACACUUUUUACAGCUUCUUACCUCACGCAUUGUAUUUUUUUCCCAUGAGUCUGCAGAAAGAAAAAAAAAAAACUCUUCCACUGUGUUAAACACAAAACAGAGAUGCAUUGUAGCUCUAUGAAAAUAAAGAGGUACAGUUGAUGUGCUGAAAUAUGUGUAAAUUGUUUAUUACACAAACCUGCGUAUACUCUUGUAGGAACUGUUUGUAUUUUUACAUAAUGAAUUUCAAAAGGAGUGUAUGUUUAUUUUUGACUUUUUCAACUUUUUGUUACAGAUCUCCUUUUUCAUUUGCCUGACGUUGUUGGAGAAGUGCAGUUUCUUUACCACCCUCUGGUAUAUGAGCCUCUUGAAAUGUUGUUUGUAUGCAGUGUUUAGCAGAUACCUUAGACAAUGGUGGACGAAGUGGACAUUUAGGAGCAUUUGAUCAAUUUGUAUUUAUUUAUUUUACCAUUUUGCUAAAUAAAACUUCAAAAUCAA